AUGUAUGAAAAUGUCGCGGACACAACAAAAGACGAAGGUAAAGAAACAGAAGGCAGCAGAAUGCACCUGAGAAGGACAAGGAAAAAAGUCACCAAACCACAUCUUUGUUCAACGGAUGUCGGCGAAAUCACCAUGGCCAAUCCCAACGAAAGGUCUGGAAACCAAACAGCAGAUCUGAACAAACCUGGCUCUUCUGAGUCUUGUUCUUCCCACAAUGACAAAGAUGUCCAGUAUCAGAUGCCUGUGGUAAAAUCAUCACUUCCCAGCACUCCAGCAGAUGCUACCGAUGCUGAAUUCAACCCCAAUGCUGAUCACACCAGGGACAACGCUCAGAUUACAACCCCGCCUCAACUGUCUGCUAGAAUGAAGCACAUUAAACAAGAAAUGACCAAAAAUCACCUCCAGUUUGUACGAUUUGAAGCAACAGACUUGCAUGGUGUCUCCAGAUCGAAGAGCAUCCCUGCACAGUUUUUUCAAGAAAAAGUGAUCCACGGUGUUUUCAUGCCCCGCGGUUAUCUGGAAUUGAUGCCAAACCCGAAGGACAAUGAGGUGAAUCACAUAAGAGCCACAUGCUUCAAUAGCGACAUAGUCCUCAUUCCCGAGCUGUCAACCUUCAGAGUCCUGCCAUGGGCGGAGAGGACGGCGCGUGUGAUUUGUGACACCUUCACGGUGACUGGAGAGCCUCUGCCGACUUCCCCCAGGUACAUCGCCAAGAGGCAGCUGCGCCAGCUGCAGGACGCCGGCUUCUCUCUCCUGUCUGCCUUCAUUUAUGAUUUCUGCAUUUUUGGUGUGCCCGAAGUGAUCAAUUCGAAGACCGUAUCUUUUCCUGCCUCGACAUUACUGAGUAACCAUGAUCAGCCCUUCAUGCAGGAGCUGGUGGACGGCCUGUAUCACACCGGGGCCAAUGUGGAGAGCUUCUCGUCUUCUACCAGGCCUGGGCAGAUGGAGAUCUGUUUCUUCCCUGAAUUUGGCAUUAACUCAGCCGAUAACGCAUUCACCCUCAGAACAGGUGUCAAAGAAGUGGCCAGAAGAUAUAAUUAUAUAGCAAGCCUUGUAAUCGAGACCGGAUUCUGCAAUUCAGGAGUUUUUUCUCACAGUGUUUGGGAUGCCGGUGGAAAGACAAACAUGUUUUGCAGUGGUUCUGGGUGGGAGCGGCUCACACUCCCCGGGAAGAAGUGGUUGGCAGGCCUCCUGAAGCACUCCGCGGCUCUCAGCUGCCUGAUGGCCCCAGCUGUCAGCUGCCGCAAGCGCUACUGCAAGGACAGCAGAGACCCGAAGGACAGCGUGCCCGCCACGUGGGGUUACAACGACAACAGCUGUGCCUUGAACAUCAAGUGUCAUGGUGAAAAAGGCACCCAGAUAGAAAAUAAGUUAGGUUCGGCAACCGCGAACCCUUACCUGGUGCUGGCCGCCACGGUUGCUGCAGGCUUGGAUGGACUUCAGAUCACCGAUAGUGCCUGGGCUGGCUCAGAUGAAAGCCAGGAUCUUUAUCAGCCAGAACCUUCCGAGAUCCCUUUGAAGAUGGAAGAUGCGCUCACCGCCCUGGAGCAGGAUCAGUGUCUGAAGCAGGCUCUGGGAGAGACUUUCAUUCGCUAUUUUGUUGCCAUGAAGAAGUAUGAAUUGGAAAAUGAAGAAACAGACGCAGAGGGAAAUAAAUUCCUAGAGUAUUUUAUAUAGGGUGGAACUCUUGACUUUGGAGAUGUUAUUGUGACAAGUAGCUAAUCUAUCAGAAAGAAAAGAUUGAGCCUUUGUAAUUAACAAUACUAGACAGGCUUCUGUUCCUCCCCCCCUCCAUCAUUGAACAGAUGAAAUGGGACUGUCGAGUUUCUGAUCUCAGAUACAAACAAUAAAUUUGUGGUGAAGCAGCUUAUGCAGACUUACUCAGCCCAACAGUCUGUCAUUUCCUUUGUGUUGUUAGCCUGGGCAG